AAAAUCGCCUUUCUGCUUCCUGCUCCCAGCUCCGCCCCCUAAACGAGGACAAUAUCAGUCAGACAGAGAGCUGUCAGGACAGCAAAAGCAGCAAGAGGAGGAGUGUCAGUGCAUACCUCAGCCAGCUGAAGAUGUUCGGUGGUCGGAAAGACAUGGACUCAUUAAAGAAGGAGCUGGAGGAGGAGCUGAAGCUCAGCACUGAGGACCUGAGGAGCCAUGCAUGGUACCACGGACCGCUGAGCCGAGAGGCUGCAGAGUCUCUGUUUGAGAGGGAUGGAGACUUCCUGGUACGAGACUCCAGCUCUGCCCCUGGUGACUAUGUUUUGAGCUGCUUUUGGAAGAAUGGGCCCUUGCACUUCAAGAUCAUCAGAGUGAUCCUUCGUCCUAAAAAGGGCUACUCUCGGGAGCUGUUCCAGUUUGAGGAGGAUCGCUUUGACAAUGUUCCUGCUCUGAUCCGAUUCUAUGUGGGCGAUCGGAGGCCCAUCUCCCAGGCCUCAGGCGCUGUGAUCUUCCAUCCAAUCACACGGACCCUUCCUCUACGUGUCAUAACCGAGCGACAUGUUGAGCACAAAAGCAGCAGCAGCAGUAGCAGUAGAGGCACAGGGGCGGAAAAACGUCGCAGCCUCAGCUAUGCACACACAGACGCUCUGCAGGUCAUCAAUCCACUGCUAAGGAGUGGAAGUCAACCUGCAAACUUGGAAAAUGUUGGAAGGAGACCUUCACUACAGUCUGCACAAUCUGACAGCAACCUAAGAACUGGUGUUCCACAGAAAACUCAGUCAGAGGACACAUGCCCCGUCCCAAUUUCUCCUGUGUUUCGUACAGGCAGCGAACCACUGCUGAGCCCACGGCCAAAACACACACGGCCCUUGCAUCCAGGAGGUGGUGUAACUUUGCGAGGUUCAGAUGGACAGCUGCACCCCAGAGCUCCUCCUAAACCUCUCAGGGUCUCUGCUAUCUUUCCCAACGCUGUCCCUCCCCCGCCUAAAGACCGGGACAAUGACCCCUCCUCCUUCUACGAUGAGCUGGUCAUCCAGCUUCCAGAGUCCAGGCUUAAAGGUCAUGUGGACAGACUGCGAGCAGAGGAGAAGUGGCAGAGCCGCGCUCGCCUCACAGAGACUUCUUUCGGCUUUCUGGAGGCACAGCAGCAAGAAGCAUCGUCACAGCUGCCGUCGCUACCAAAGAAGAAGAACGCAGUUGAAGACUGGCAUUUUGAAAAGCCACAUGUGGAGUCAGAGUCAUGCUUCCAGUUGGAUCAGUUUAAGUCGCUGCUCUUACCAGACAACAACCGACCACUGGAGCCAAGCGUCCUGAUUUCACUCAAAGAAAUCUUCAACCGCUCAAACGCAGAGACCACUGCUCUGCACAUACUCAGUGUUGACUGCCAGGUUGCACGCAUAGUUGGGGUGACUGAUGAACAGAAGACGAUAAUGGGAGUCGGAUCUGGGCUGGAGCUUGUCACUUUACCGCAUGGACACCAAUUACGGCAGGAUUUGUUAGAAAGGCAUCAUCUAAUAGCUCUGGGCGUCGCAGUGGAUAUCUUGGGCUGCACAGGCACUGUGGGCCAGAGGGCGACUGUUUUACAUAAAGUAAUCUCAUUGGCUAAGGCCCUGAAAGACCACGCACAUGACCUCUACUCCUUCUCAGCCGUGAUGAAGGCUCUCGAGAUGCCUCAGAUAAUCCGGCUGGAGAUGACUUGGCGAGCGCUGAGGAGGAACCACACUGAGACUGCAGUUUUGUUUGAGAAGAAACUCAAACCAUUCAUGAAUCUGCUGAACGAGGGAGAUGACUCUGCAGUGCAGGGUCCCAUAGCUGUUCCACACCUAGUUCCUCUGCUGAUGGCGAUGGAAGGGGAGGACCCCGUGGAGAACAGCGAGCAAGGCUGUCAACUCCUCUAUGACCUCCUUCAAACAGCUCGCAGUGCCGCGCUGCAUGCACAAGAUUAUCAGCAGCACGCACACUCUCUGCUCACAGGCUGGGAGCCAACCCCAGAGCUUUUGGAGGCUUUCCGGACAGAGUUCGUUCUGCGGCUUUUCUGGGGUCAGUCUGGAGCGGCGGCUGACAGAGAGGAGCGCUACCAGAAGUUUGACAAUAUUCUUUGUGUCCUCUCUGACAAACUGGAACCUGUGGAGAUUCCCCCACAUGAGCCUGAGCCUUUAACCUGAACCUCAGGAGUAAGAGGUUUUCUCUUCCCUGGAGGAAAAUAAGAAGCGGGUACCAAAGACAGAGAUUCCCCCUCCCCCCCUUAGAUCACACAGUCAUAAAGAAAGGUUUAUCAUUGAGAUGUGAGAGAAGUUGGGAAAAGCUUGACUUAUAAAAGAAUGAAUCACAUCUGAGGUUGGUCCACCCUGCAGUCCUUUGUUGUCAAAGGGUUGUGUUGGAAUCAUUCUGAAAUCUGGGAAUGCCCGCCCAUCUGUGCAUCUGUUUAUCUGCAUCUGUUUACUUCUACGAACGUUUACUAUGACACUUUUUACCAAUCCAAAUCACUUGUUCGAUAGGCUUCAUGAGAUUCCCAAGGACCAACAUGAACAUUAUUAAAACAUAAGUUUUGUUUUGACAUAAACUGCUGCUGUAAGGAACCA